UGAAAAAGUUGCACAAAAAAGACAGCAGGUUGAAGUUAAUAAUUUCAUAACAUAAUCGAAAUUAAACGAAAGUUCGAAUUUACUAGCAAAAAUCAACCGUGAUCCUAAGCUAAAUGCUGUAAAAAAUUGUUGUUACAAAAUGUUACGCUUAGAACGCUGUAAAAGAUUGCUAACCAGCCGUCUAAGUGGAUUGUCUCUGGGAAGAUUAGCUCCAGCCCUUGCUAGUAAUGGAACAACCACUUUUGGAAUACCGGUACCAUCCACGGUGAGGAAGAACCGGCUCACUGUCGUUUGCCACAACCAACGCUUCUUGCAUCAAUUAGAGGAUGAAUAUCGCGCUAUUAUACGAUUGUUUGCCCGUUCCUACGGUAUUCCGCAGCAUGUUCUGGCACGCAAUCUGCAUACUUCCAGCAGGCCAUACCAGCAACAAAAAUCGGACAAGUCAAACUCGAGUGACGGUGAAGGAGCUGGUAGUGGUGGUGGUGGUGGUGGCAAAAAGGACAACGAUGACAAGGAGAAAAUGAUGUCGGUGGUAACGAAAACGCUAGUUCUGAUGGUAACAAUCUACACUCUGGUGGCCUUUUUGACGAUGGUUGUGCCGAAUCGAAACCGGCCGGAAGCAACCACUCGGUACGUCAGCUGGCACGAGUUCGUUCACCACAUGCUGGCGGCCGGUGAGGUGAAAGAAGUGGUAGUCCACCCGGACAUGGAAAUGGUAACGAUUCUGCUGCAUGACGGGGCGAUCAUUAAGGGAAGGCGGGCGCACUCGAACAUCUUCCACAUGGCCGUAGCGGAUGUGAACAAGUUCGAGGAAAAGCUGCGCCUGGUGGAGAAGCGACUGGGCAUCAAGGAUGGGGUUUCGGUGCAGUUUGAGCGUAGCGGUGACGUGAGCGGGCGGAUUUUGUUUACGCUGAUUGCAACCGGGGUGAUUAUUGCUCUGCUCAGUCGAAUGCGGGGCAUUCGAAGUCCUAUCAGUAUGGAUUCGUUCACUCAAAUGGGACGAGCAAAAUUCACCCUUGUCGAUCCGGUUGAUGGUGGUCGAGGCGUUUGGUUUAAAGAUGUGGCCGGCUUGCAGGAAGCCAAACAGGAGGUUAAAGAGUUUAUUGAUUACCUUAAAUCACCCGAUCGGUACCAAAGAUUGGGGGCAAAAGUACCGAAGGGGGCCUUACUGUUAGGUCCUCCUGGAUGUGGAAAAACCUUACUAGCGAAAGCAGUGGCCACCGAAGCUCAGGUUCCUUUCCUUAGUAUGAACGGUUCGGAGUUUAUUGAAAUGAUAGGAGGGCUGGGAGCCGCUCGUGUACGAGAUCUGUUCAAGGAAGCGGGCAAACGGUCUCCCUGUAUAGUUUAUAUCGACGAAAUUGAUGCUAUCGGUCGGCAACGGGAUGGUGGCGGUAGUUUCGGUGGAGUUAGCUCGGGGGAGUCCGAGCAAACCCUUAACCAACUGCUAGUUGAAAUGGAUGGAAUGGCCUCUAGAGAGGGUGUGCUGAUGCUGGCGAGUACUAACCGGGCAGAUAUUCUGGAUAAAGCUUUACUUCGACCCGGUCGCUUCGAUCGGCAUAUUCUAAUUGAUUUGCCGAAUUUGACGGAGCGGAAGGAGAUUUUCGAAAAGCAUCUGUCGGGAAUCGCCUUGGCAGCAGCGCCCGAAAAAUACUCGGCUCGGUUAGCGACCCUUACGCCUGGUUUUUCCGGAGCCGAUAUUGCGAAUGUGUGCAAUGAAGCAGCCCUGCACGCUGCACGUUCAAGCCAGAAAACGGUUACGACGGCAAAUCUGGAAUAUGCCGUCGAGCGCUUGGUGGGUGGAACGGAAAAGCGCUCACACGCGCUGACACAAACCGAACGACGGGUGAUUGCAUUCCACGAGUCCGGACACGCGCUUGUUGGCUGGCUACUGCCCAAUUCCGACGUAUUGCUCAAAGUGACAAUCGUACCCAGGACCAGCUUGGCUCUCGGAUUUGCCCAGUACACACCGAAAGAGCAAAAAUUGUACAGCAAAGAGCAACUGUUCGAUAAGAUGUGCAUGGCACUAGGCGGACGGGCGGCGGAGAAUAUCACCUUCGAACGGAUUACCACCGGAGCGCAGAAUGACCUGGAGAAAGUCACCAAGAUGGCGUACGCACAGAUAAAAUACUUUGGUAUGAACGGCACCAUCGGACCGAUUUCGUUUUCCGAGGAAAGCGAAACCAACCCGUACGCGGCGAAGCCCUACUCGAAGCACCUGGGUGACGUAAUCGACCAGGAAGCACGUCGGAUGAUAACGGAAGCGUACGAACGAACCGAGCAGCUGUUGCGGGAUAAUGCCGAAAUGUUAAGCACCCUCGCCGAAGCCCUGCUGAGGCACGAAACGCUUAACUACGACCAAGUCGUUGCCCUGAUUGGCCCACCCAGGUACGACGAUGCGAAGCGCAAGAUCGAACCGGUCGAGUUUGAGGACAGCCUUUCAAAGUUAUCUUCCGCAAACGGAGACGGUGUGGCCCAGUGAACUGUUAUAAAAGAAUCGUGAUCCAGCAAUAAAACUUACCUGUUGAAAACUGAAAUGCCUCGCGCCCGUGGGAGGGUUCUUUUUCUUGUUCGAAACAGCCAAAAUCCAAAGUCAACAUUU